CGGAAGUCUGACUGACAUUUAAAUCCACUUGGAUCCUCUAUCCUUCGCUGUCGCAAACACGUCCCACGAUGCGGUAGCACUCUCACGAUACAUCCCAUCUAACUACGGAAAUCGCAGAUCGCAUACCGUCGAAAUGCUCGAUUCAACUAAACUGCAGGUCGUGGACCGCCCACCAAAGCGGUUCAAGGAGCUGCAGUUUGGUAUUCAGUGCGCAACCUCCUCUCGCCUUGGAAGCUCGUGCUAACUCAAUCUCUUCUAGGUCGAACCAAGAUAUCGCAAACCAAGCCGUCGUCGAGGUGUCAGAUAACAUGCUAUACGAUGUUGAGAAGAAUCGAAGACCCACCCAACAUGGAGCUUUGGACUCUAGACUGGUGAGACCAUAUCAACAUACAUGCUGAUAGCGUAUACACUGAUACAAAGCUUUUGCGCAGGGAAUCUCUAGUAAGACUGGCGCCUGCGAAACGUGCGGCGAAGGGCUACAGAAUUGUAAUGGUCAUUUCGGGCAGAUCAAACUCGCACUCCCGGCUUUCCACAUAGGAUACUUGAGCCUUACUCAGAAAAUACUGCAGCAAAUAUGCAAGGUACGAGUGAUUCAAUCUUGGGCUAUAGGAUUGUAGGCUAAUAAUUCAUAUAGGAUUGUUCGAAAGUAUUGCUUACCGAACCUCAACGACGUUCUUUCCUCAAGGAGCUUCGACGACCUGGAAUUGAUAACCUUAAACGAACUCAAAUUUGCAAACGAAUCAACGAACAAUGCCGUAAAAGUAAAACUUGCCAAUAUUGCGGCACAGUCAAUGGCCAGAUACGAAAGGUUGCAGCUCUGAAAUUGGCGCACGAUAAAUACACAACUUUCAACAAAUCGACUGCUAAAAAUAAAGUUACACCGCCGGGAUACAAUGAAUUCAAUGAUUCCUUCAAUGAGGCGAAAAAACAUAAUCCGGAACUGGAAAAGCAUACUAAAAAGGCGAUAGAAGACUUGAGUCCAUUGCGUGUGUUGAAACUUUUUCAAUUAAUCUCGCCCAGCGACUGCGAGCUUUUGAAUAUGAAUCCUGCUGAGGGAAGACCAGAAAUGUUCCUGUGGCAGUUCGUACCGGCCCCUCCAAUUUGUAUACGACCUUCUGUUGCGCAGGAUGGCGCCAGUACCGAGGACGACUUGACUACGAAGUUAUCCGAUAUUGUUCAUAUUAGUUCAUUGAUACGAGCGGCCCUCCUCAAGGGGCAAUCGCUUCAAACCAUCAUGGAACAGUGGGAUUUUCUUCAGCUUCAACUUGCACUCUAUGUCAAUAGUGAUGUUCCCGGUCUCCAACAAGCGGGAUUCAAACCCAUACGAGGAUUUUGCCAGCGGUUGAAGGGAAAGCAGGGUCGUUUCAGAGGAAAUUUGUCCGGAAAGCGUGUCGACUUUUCUGGACGUACCGUCAUUUCACCGGAUCCAAAUCUUGGGGUUGAGGAGGUCGCCAUACCAAUAUUGGUUGCAAAGAACCUUACUUAUCCUGAGCGAGUGCAGCGAUACAAUGUCGAAAAACUGAGACAAUGCGUGAGAAACGGGGCCGCUAAACAUCCCGGUGCUCAGCAAAUUAUUAAGAAAGGCUCCGAUCAUAAGAUUGCGCUAAAGUUUGCCCGUUUGGAAAAUGAGGCAAAGCAUCUGCAGAUUGGAGAUGUAGUUGAAAGGCAUCUUGAGGAUGGUGAUAUUGUGCUUUUCAACAGACAGCCUUCCUUGCACAAACUCAGUAUCAUGAGUCACUACGUCAAAGUUCGCCCUUGGAGAACAUUCCGUCUCAAUGAGUGUGUGUGCAAUCCUUAUAACGCAGAUUUUGACGGUGACGAAAUGAAUUUGCAUGUUCCACAAACUGAGGAAGCAAGAACGGAAGCCAUUAAUCUCAUGGGAGUUAAGAACAAUCUUUCAACCCCUAAGAAUGGAGAGCCAAUUAUUUCUGCUACCCAAGAUUUUAUCACGGCUGCUUAUCUUCUGAGCAGCAAGGAAAACUUUUUCGACCGAAAAACAUUCACAAAUCUCUGUAUGUACAUGGUCGAUGGCAAUCUUCAUCUUGAUUUACCACCUCCGGCGAUCUUGAAACCAGAGGCACUAUGGACUGGAAAACAAGUUUUUAGCGUGCUUAUGCGACCGAACAAGAAUUCGCCUGUCAAAGUCAACUUGGACGCCAAGUGUCGUGACUACACGUUCAAGGAAGGCGAAUGCCCAGAUCUUUGCGAAAACGACGGAUGGCUUGUGGUGCGUAACUCUGAGGUCAUGUGCGGUAGGAUGGACAAGACGACUGUGGGAUCAGGCAAAAAGGACUCGAUCUUCUACAUUAUUUUAAGAGAUUUUGGUCCCGAUGAAGCAGUGACCGCUAUGAACCGACUCGCCAAAAUAGCUGCAAGAUAUCUUACAAACCAAGGAUUUUCCAUCGGUAUCAAUGAUGUUUAUCCAUCGGCGGCCCUUACAGCGGAGAAACAGAAAUUGGUAGAUGUUGCUUACACACAGGCUGAAGGCUUGAUCAAGAGGUUCCAAGCAGGAAAGCUUGAGAAGGCCACAGGGUGUGAUAUGGAAGAGACACUUGAAAACUCCAUCUCUGGUAUCCUGAGUAGAGUCAGAGGUGCCGCCGGAGAUUACUGUAUCAGUUCUCUAAGUAAAUGGAACUCGCCCUUGAUCAUGGCAAAAUCUGGCUCCAAAGGGUCCUCCAUUAAUGUUGCUCAAAUGGUAGCUGUCGUAGGGCAGCAAAUUAUUGGUGGAAAGCGAGUUUCAGACGGCUUUCAAGACCGUACUCUUCCCCAUUUCAUCAAAAACGACCGUCGGCCUUUGGCAAAAGGAUUCGUGUUUGACAGUUUCUUCACAGGACUCACACCUUCUGAAUUUUUGUUCCACGCUAUUUCGGGGCGUGAAGGUUUGGUUGAUACAGCUGUCAAGACAGCCGAGACUGGAUAUAUGUCACGAAGACUCAUGAAAUCGCUCGAAGAUCUUUCUACCAGAUAUGACGACACCGUACGAAACUCUUCUGGUGGGAUCGUCCAAUUUCAAUUUGGAGCAGACAAGCUCGACCCCGUAGAUAUGGAGGGCUCAGCCGUUCCUGUUCACUUUCAGAGAACUUGGAGACAUGCCGAAGCUAUGACUUUCAAAAACGAGGAUCCUUGCCUAUUGCCAUACCAGAUCACUACCUUGUGUGAAAAGUACCUGGCCAAAGAGAAGUCAAAGUAUCUCAGAAAGGGGUUAUUGAGAGGUGAGCCACUGGACUACCGAGACGAGAGCAAUUAUGCUGUUGAUGAGCAUGAAAGUGCUCGAGAUUUCGUUGACACGGUAUCUCAAUUCGUUGGCGGCUUAGCUACAACUAUGGCGAAGGCACGAGACAAAGCUGGCUUAGAGGUAAUGGAAGAUGACCCAAAAGACACUCAUGGGCAGUAUGAUAUAACAAAAGAAGACCCCCGGAAACAAGCUUGGGUGGAACGAGUAGCGAAAGUUUCGAAAGCUACCUUGCAAGAAUUCAUCAAAUUGUGUUUGAGCAAGUAUGCAAAAGCUCAUGUCGAGCCGGGACACGCUGUUGGUGCUGUUGGUGCUCAAUCGAUUGGAGAACCUGGAACUCAAAUGACUUUGAAGACUUUCCAUUUUGCUGGUGUCGCUGGUAUGAGUAUGACACAGGGUGUACCACGUAUCAAGGAAAUCAUCAACGCUUCGAAAGCCAUCAGCACACCUAUCAUUACUUGCCCUCUUGCAAAUCCCGAAUCUAUGGCAGCGGCACGUCUCGUGAAAGGUUCUGUGGAGAAGGCGUAUAUUCGAGAUGUUAUUGACUAUAUUGAGGAUAUGUGGUCAUCACAGAAAGCAUCUAUAUGCCUCAAAGUCAAUAAUGGAUCGAUUCAAAAGAUGAUGCUCGAGGUCACUCCUCUAAGCAUUGCUCAUUCGAUAGCAAAACAAAAGAAAUUGAAGAUCUUGCCCAAUGAUAUUACAGUCAAGGGAGAUAUGGUUUUUGUCACGAUGGGAGAGAAUACUGGUGGAAACAUGGGAGCUCGUGGAGUUGGCGCCGCAGCAAAGGCUAGGAAAGCCGCAGGGUUAGAGGAGGAUAGAAGUGACAUACUUCUCCGUGUCAACUAUCUCAAACGAGCUCUACCUGAGAUUGUAAUUUCGGGUUAUCCAGAUGCCACUCGAGCGCUUAUCAACACCUCCGAAACCACACCGCCAACCCACAAGGUGCUGGUCGAGGGAUACGGACUUCGAGCUUGUAUGAAUACAGAAGGAGUCAAGGGAACAGAGGUCUACUCCAAUAACGUCAUGGAAGCCCGUGAGAUCUUGGGUAUCGAAGCAGCACGAUCGACCAUCGCAAAGGAAAUCGGAGUCGUCAUGGGAGACAUGGACAUUGAUCCUCGACACAUGCAACUCCUCGCCGAUGUCAUGACGUACAAGGGAGAAGUCCUUGGUAUCACUCGUUUCGGUCUUUCCAAGAUGAGAGAUAGCGUCUUGCAACUUGCAUCCUUCGAAAAGACCCCGGAUCAUCUUUUCGAUGCGGCGGCGGGCAUGAAAUCCGAUCAGAUUGAGGGUGUGAGUGAGUGUAUUAUCAUGGGGCAGACGAUGAGUGUGGGAACGGGUGCGUUCCAGGUCGUUAGAUUGCUGGGACUCGAGGAUCAAGAUACGAAGCCUAAACCGACUCUCUUUGAGGAUGAUUGGAGGUGGGAUCAGGGAGAGAGAAAGAAGGGACGGUGAUUUAUAGCGUCACGGUGCGAAAGUAUGGGGGAUUCUGGGAGUUUAGCGGGGAGAUCUUUUGAAAGGUGUUUAGGCGUUUAUUUCUGACAUGUCAUGGGUGAAGAAUUUGGCGGUUUCGUUUCUUUUAUUUUUUGCUUUCUUUCGAGUGAUAUCCAUGGAGAUGAGAUGCGAGAAGAGAGGCACAGUAUAUAUUGCCGGGUCUCUGAUAGAUACAGUAGUCUGGUCUGGUCUGGUCUGGUCUGGUCUGCAAUUCGACCACACGACCAAGCGAAAAUGGCGAGGUGUAAGCUAGGUAGACAUGUAGUAUGAAAUAAAAGAUGGC